CGGAAAGUUGUGGACUCCGCAUGAGAGCGCGAAGAACCGAUGUUCCGUUCAAUCUCUCUCUUACGCAGACGGAUUUCUCAGAUAAAGAGAUGUCGGAUUCAAGAGACAUGCAUCCCUUACACGACAACAAAUGAAAUGAUUGUGCCCGAAGCCGACGAGGCUGCGACUUACAUGCAGUCCGCUUUUUCCAACCCGUGGUUUUUCCUUCUGAGUACUUGUAAAAACGCUGUUUCUCUGAGGAGCGUCCAUGGAUUGCUCACUGUUCACGGAUUCAUGGGAGAUCUUUCGUGUGUUACGAAGUUGGUGAGUAAAUACGGUGGCUUUGGGUAUACAAGGGUUGCCCGUUUGGCGUUCGAUCAAAUUCCUCAACCAGAUCUUUAUUCGAUGAAGGUCAUGCUCAGGUGCCACUUCUUGAACGAAGAGAGUUUGGAAGUCGUGAAAUUUUACGAUUGGAUGAGGAUGAAGGGUUUUGUUAGUGAUAAUGUGGUUUUCUCGAUGGCCUUGAACGCAUGUAGUGAUCUGCGGGAUCUGGAUGAAGGAAGAAAGAUACACUGUCAGAUUGUUAAGGUGGCUGAUCCCGACAGUUUUGUGCUGACGGGUCUCCUAUGUAUGUAUGCUAAGUGCGGAGAAAUCAAGAAUUCUCGUGAAAUGUUUGAUGACAUUUCCUCAAGGAAUGUAGUUUGUUGGACUUCGAUGAUUGCGGGUUAUGUACAAAAUGACUGUCCAAAAGAAGGAUUAAUUUUGUUUAAUCGAAUGAGGAACAACAUGGUUCUUGGUAAUGAAAUCACAUUUGGGAAUCUAGUGGCGGCUUGUACAAGGCUUGGAGCUGUACAUCAAGGGAAAUGGUUACAUGGUUAUUUGAUCAAGAGUGGCAUGGACCUCAAGUCAUACAUGGCGACAUGUUUGCUAGAUAUGUAUGUCAAGUGUGGUGAUAUUCGCGAUGCUCGUUUGGUCUUUGACGAGCAUUCUUCUGCUGAUUUUGUUCUGUGGACGGCUAUGAUUGUCGGAUACACCCACCAUGGUUGUGCUAACGAGGCACUAAGCCUUUUUAAGGAAAUGCAAUCUGCUGGAAUCAUGCCUAGUUGUGUCACUGUUGCGGGCGUACUUUCGGGAUGUGGUCAGUUGGACAAUCUGGAAAUGGGAAGAUCAGUUCACAGCCUAUCCUUGAAGCUUGGUCUUUGGGAUCAUACAGUUGCAAACACUCUGGUGAACAUGUAUGGCAAGUGCCACCAGAACAGAGAUUCUUUCUAUGCCUUCGAGAUGGAAACGGACAAAGAUGUAGUUGCUUGGAAUUCUAUAAUUUCAGGCUUUUCACAAAACGGGUCUGCCCAAGAAGCGUUGCUUCUGUUCCAUUGCAUGCUCUCGGAAUCUGUUGCACCCGAUGCUGUAACAGUUGUGAGUAUCUUAUCGGCUUGUGCUUCUCUUGGGGCUCUAUCCGUAGGUUCAUCUCUUCAUGCUUAUUCCGUAAAAUCAGGCUUCUUGUCACCAUCCAAUGUUUAUGUUGGUACUGCUCUACUGGACUUCUAUGCCAAAUGUGGGGAUGUUGAAUAUGCUCGCACUGUUUUCGAUGCCAUGGAGGAGAAAAAUACAAUCACAUGGAGCGCCAUGAUCGGAGGAUAUGGAAAGCAAGGGGACACCAAGGGUUCCCUUGAGAUUUUCGAUGAGAUGCUGAAAAGGCAAAAGAAGCCAAAUGAAGCGACCUUCACAUCCAUUUUAUCUGUGUGCAGCCACACAGGGAUGAUCGAGGAAGGGAAGAAGUACUUCAGCUCAAUGUACAAAGAUUAUAAGUACACGCCUUCCACAAAGCACUAUGCAUGCAUGGUCGAUAUGCUAGCUCGAGCAGGAAAGCUUGAAGAAGCAUUGGAUGUCAUCGAGAAGAUGCCUGUUCAACCAGAUGAGAGGUGUUUUGGGGCAUUUCUCCAUGGAUGCGGAUUGCAUGCCAGGUUUGAUCUUGGAGAGAUGGGAAUUAAGAAGAUGCUCAGUUUACAUCCGAAUGACCCUUCUUAUUAUGUUCUUAUAUCGAACUUAUAUGCUUUGGAUGGAAGGUGGGAUCAGGUUAAUCAGGUUAGAGAAUUGAUGAAACAAAGAGGAAUGAACAAGAUUCGGGGCCAUAGCAAACACUUAAACCCGGGAAUUGUGUCUUUGGGUCAGUAAUGUGCACAAGAUUCAAAGUUUGCCGUCAUCAAGUCGUGAACGUGGGAAUAUGGGUGGAUGAUUUGUGCCAGAAAGAUGGGACAUUGAUGAGAUUGGUGAUAAAUAUCUUGGCAUGGUUGAUCAGAGAUAUUGUCUUGAGACUGGAUUUCAAGUGUAUAGAGAGACAGGGCGUUUCUUGAAUAAAACUAAAAGGUCAAUUUAUUUGGUGUAGAGCAAGAUUUCAGACAAUCUAGUCAACAAGUACAUCGGCAAGUUGAGAAGA